AUGAGCACUGUGAAUAUUACCGUGAAAAAGGUGGAUGGUACGACUGUGGAGAUCUCUAUUGAUAGCUCAGCUACAGUGGAGGAGCUGAAGGAUGUAGUUCAACAGAGAACGCAAAUACCAAAGGUUUCCCAACGACUUAUAUUCCGUGGGCAAAUACUAGCUGAUGAUAAGACGUUGAAGGACGCAGGUUUGGAUGGAGACGGGUUGACUGUGCAUUUGGUCCGCCACUUGGUGCCUCCUGCACAUCCCAAGGCAGGCCAGCAAGCAGCUCCUGUACAACAACAACAACAACAACAGCCAACCUUGAGGCUAGGUGCAGGUGUAGGUGCAGGGGGCCAGAGCGGGUCGCCCUUCUCCAUGCCUGGAAUGGGACAGGGCGGGAUGACACCUGAGGCGUUAGCAGAGAUGAUGAACAACCCGUUGGUGGAGAGCAUGAUGUCUAAUCCCCAAAUCAUGAGAAGUCUUAUUGAGAUGAAUCCCCAGAUGCAGCAGCUCAUGCAACAGAACCCCGAGUUGAGGACUCUGAUGGAGGACCCGGAGUUCUUACGACAAACCAUGCAAGCUGCUCGUAACCCGAGUAUGAUGCAGGAGAUGAUGCGUAACAACGAUCGGCAGAUGGCCAAUCUGGACAGCAUACCGGGUGGGUAUGCAGCCUUGUCGAGGAUGUAUCGGGAUGUGCAGGAGCCGAUGUGGAAUGCCGCUUCGGGAGCUGAUGCACAUGCUGGGACUUCAUCGGCAUCACAGUUGAUGCAAGCAAUGCAGCAGGAUAGGGAUGCUGCUGGUCCUAACAACAGGCCUCUUGGCAACCCUUGGGGAGUGGCUGGGCCUCCAUCUUCCUCUACUACUACUACUACCGCGCCACCUCCUGCUAAUUCUGGCGUUCAGGGACAUCCAUCGACGACGACAUACUCUGGUGCGUCUAGUGCUACUAACCCAACCCCAGCCAUGGCGAACCCCUUUGCAUCUAUGUUUGGUAUGCCCCAGCCUCCGUCCGCUACAGGGGCAUCAGCUCAGCAGCAGCCCCAAGGCCCACCAUUCAACCCUUUCUUCUCCAUGGCUACCUCGACACCCCAUAGUACGGCUGGUAGCGGCGCUCCUACUGCGGCCCCUCAAGGGCAGGCCAGUGAUCCUACAGCUGAUUGGUUGUCGAAUCCAGCAGUGCAGGAUAUGAUGGGCCGGAUGAUGAGGGAGAUGAUGAGCUCUAAUACUCAACAGCCACAGCCACAGCAGCAGCAGCAACCGGGACCUACCACUCCAAACACUAAUCCUACCGCUCCAUCAGUACCAUUCCUCUUCCCUAUGAUGAUGAAUCCUAGCGCUACUACACCGUCAUCCAGCCUAUUCAGCCCUCCUAUGAAUCAGCAGCAGCAGCAGCCUCCCCCUGUCCAGGCAGCCGACCUAGCGGUGCAGUUCCGACCACAGCUGGCUGCAUUAGAAAGCAUGGGCUUCACCAACCGGCAGCAGAAUCUGGAUGCACUUAGGCGUGCCAAUGGCAAUGUCAAUAGAGCACUGGACCUCCUCUUGGCCGAGCCUUCAUCACAGCAAGACGGCGGUCCUCAGCAGCAGCAGCAGUGA